AUGGUCGUUCAACAACCCACCAACAGAGCGCAGUGCAGAGAUGAACAGGAAUCACCACCAGCAGAAGGAAAAGCCAAUCUCGAGUCGCUUUUGAUUGGAAAUCCAGGACCCCGCUGUUUCGGAUUGAUUUUUAAUCAUCCGAGCCCUGAGAGCGCCACAGCGCUCUACCACCUCAACCGACCGCCGUCGGUGUUACUCAAUUCCGUACCUGAUUCAGCACCCAAGGUGGGGCCAGGUACGACGUCGCCACGCGCUCCGUUCAUCGUCGAAGAACCUCGUGCGCCACCGAUAACAUCGACCGACCGCCGCCGGUGCUACUUACCCUCGUACCUGAUUCAGCACCCAAGGUGGGGUCAGGUACUCAGCAUCCACGCCGCUUGCUUGCCGUCCAAGGACCAUCAGUGCCCGGUUCAGCACUCAAGGUGGGACCGGGUACAACAACGCGACCCGCUAGAGCCAACCAGCUUCCAAGCCGACCUCACCGAACCCGAGCUCGACGUCAAGGAAGGAAUCAACAACUUCUUCUUCGGUCAACCGCAGGGCCGCUUCGUGCCAUCCUUCGAAACCUCCCGGUCCGGGUUUUUUCCCUCGAGCCUGCAACGGAAUCAACCGCCCGAUUCCUACCAGGAGCAGACCCUCUUCGUCGGUAGCCCUUCUGGAAGUGGUUCUUCCUCAGCUGGAGGAUCCGCCGCCGGAGGUCAUCGAAGCCGGCAAGUCAACACCGGAGACACCGGCGUGACACCUUCCUACUUCCAGUUCACCUAUACGACACCGAGAAGUCCGGAAAAUAUUUUCGAGAUAUCGCCGAGGCCCUUCUCGGCAACUCCGCAGCCAAACUCUGGGUUUCAGUAUUCCCGGGGAGCUCCACCCUUCAGGGGAGACUUUUUUGGAGGAACUGGAAUUAGUGCAACGAGGACGUUUGGAGCUCCAGCUAUUGGAGCGCCGGCAGGUCCAAGUUCCGGUGCUGGAACCGGAAGCAGUAGUUCCAGUAGUAACCCGAGCGGAAGCAACUAUCGGCAGUCUCAGAGGAAGAGUCCUUUCAGCAGUAGCCCAGUGGGGGCAAGUUUGACCAGUGGCGGAGAAUCGCAACAGGUUUCCACCGAAGCAACUCCGAAGCGUCCAUCGGAAGCGACGGCGGGACGUGACCGGCAGCAGCUAUCAUUCGUCUCCCAUCGAGCUCGUCCAUUCGGGGGAACGGCUCCCGGAUCGUCCGACACAGGAGUUUUCAGCAGCUCAGCGGCGGCACAAUCUCCAAGAGUUCAAACGGCCCAACAGCAGCAACAACAGCAAAGGAUACCGCCAUCGGCUGCCAGAAACGGAUACCGAGCAGCCAACAAGACACCGGCAACCGGCCCCGGGGCAGAUCAAGAGGCAUCGAAUAAUGGCAGCACCGGUAGCAGUCGAUAUACGAAAACAACGACGACGACGGCAUCGCCACGACACAAUCGAUAUCGAUCGACGACAACCGCAGAACCCGUAACGGCCAAAAGCACAACCAUUGAGAGCGUUGCCGUGAGGAAUCGAUUUGGGGCAGGACGCACAACCUCCUCCAAUCCUUUCCGACCUUCAUUCGAAGCAAAGCGCGUUACAACCGUAAGCGCCGUGCCAACAUCCCGCGGAACCUUCGUCAACUCGGGCAAAUCGAAGCUGAUAGGGGCAGCAAGCACCACCACAACGACAACAACAACCCCCAGCAGUCUAUCAACUACUGCCAAAUCAUCGUCGGCUUCCGGUUCUCGAUUCAUCCACUUUCCCGCGAGACCGGUGAUCCCAUCAAUAAAUAUCACUCACAAUGGAUCGGCAAAGUCAGCUGAGGUGAUUUACGAUGAGGAAGAUUACUACGAGGAUUCCAAGGAUGUCGGAGAAGACACGCAGGAGAUAAGAGAUUUCAAACCGAGCGCAGGGCAGAAGAACAACUCGAUCAACGUUAAGGAAGAGGCGAAACAGAAGUUGAUCGCUAGUACGGCGAGUAGUUUGUUGAGUUUGAGCAGUACUACGAGUGCGGACUAUGAGAACGAGGAACGGGGUGGAAGUUUGAACAACAUAAACGAGAAUGGGUACUAUGAUAUAGUGCGGGAAGGAGGCGGAGGUGAGGCUGAGAAGAUCGAGGAUCAUACGGUUAUUUUGACGGAUAACUUCUUCCUGCCUGAUGGAUCUGAGGAAGUGUUUGACGAUGAACUGGAAGGACUGGAAGAGGAUACGGAGGCACCUAAAAGGGAUAUUUCAUCGGUAGCGCCACCGUUCCAGGAACAGGAUAAGCCGGAUUCGGAGUCAAGCUAUGACGACGAAUAUUUGUACGACGAAGAGGAGCCUACGGUUACGACGACAGUUCGACCGGAAGCUAAGCCAACAACCAUUCCAGCUCCGACGGCAACUAAAGAAUCGGACAACGUCGAUACACUGAUCUUCUCCGAGGAAGAUCCAAGAGAAGAAGGAUCGAUUGGUGCUUCUGAUGAAACUAUCCCGGAAACAACGCGAUCGAUGCUGAUUGAGAUAACCAGUACAACAAGCUCUACACCGACGACUACGGGAGCAACCGAAUCGACGACGGCAGAGCCUACUGUGUCAACGGAACGUUCGUCGUCAAACAGCUCGGUUGAAGCAGAGCCUACAGCGAACGUGACAACCGAAAGUUGGGUGGUAGUUGCCUCAGUGCAGACGAGUCGAAGCGUAUCGGGAGCACGGUUUUUGCCCUUCCCUCAGGUUGAACAGGAUGAGAAGAAGGCAAGUUUGUCGGAGCUUGAUGCGAAGAACAGUCGAGAGAAUGAAGACAUUGAUGUAACCACCAUUAGCAGCAACAGUCAAGAGAUCGAGAAGACGACGAUUGCUCCACAGGAAACGGUUAUUUCCGUGACUGAUGAUUCGGAAACACCAACGACGGAAAAGUCUGUCAUUGCAUCGUCACAGUCUACGGAAAGCAUCAUUGACAAGCUGGAUCGAGUUCAGUCGGAGCUUUCCAGCGGUGUGCUUACCGGACAGUUCCCAGUUCUCAAAGAAACGGUAACUGAAGACGCUAAAGUACCGACUUCCUCAGCUCUUCCUCCAGUUUUCAUUAGAAAGUUCCAACCGAAUGCACGAGCUACGACGACUAAAAAACCUCGUCCGACGCCUUCAACUCAAAAACCUGCAGUUGCCGUUGAGAAUCUGGCUAAGAAGAUAACGUUCGAUGAGGUUGAUGACAUUUCAUCUUUACUUCCAGCUGAUUACAAGCAGAAAAACAACUUCAAACUAAAGAAGUUCGGUUCAAGCAGUACAACUUCAGAACCAUUGGCAGCCGCUAAAGAUGUUCUAAACGAGGAGCCGUUGAAGCCAGAGAUUGGCAACCGAUUCCGACCGGCCAAUAUCAGUCGAUCCUACAAGAGCAACGUCCCGAUUCAAGAGUUGAGCUCGCUGCUGCCCAAAGACUACCGACUGAAUAGAACUGAAGAGGAAGUCCGAACAACAAACAACCUCAAGGAGCUUAUCAGCAAGAUCAAGGUCAGCGACAAACCAAACGGUACCCUAGACGUGUUCAAGAAGGCUCAAACGGUAGAUCUUUCCUCUUUCCUACCACCGGGUUACAAACCUCAAAGUGACUCAACAGCAACUACCAAAGCACCGAAAUCAGCUGUACUAGAAGACGACGUGAGCAAACUUCUUCCUCCAGGUUACAAAACGUUUAAGACAACCAAAAAACCAACUACGACUACAGCGUCUACCGUACUCAACGACAAUGUUAGCAAAUUCCUACCACCAGGAUACAAUCCACCGAAGGAAGAAUCUAAGGUAGUAUUUAGUGAAGAUAUCAGCAAAUUCCUACCACCCGGUUACAAACCUCCUAAAGAAGAUUCAUCCAACAAGCCCUCGAUUGCCUUCAACGAAGAUAUCAACAAGUUCCUACCACCAGGCUACAAACCCCCGUCCGAAGAGAAGAAACCCGAACCGGAAGUCAUUGAUCCCACGAGUCUUCUAAACAAGAUCAAGUUCAACGAUGUUUCCGCCUUGCUCCCAACCGGAUUUAAUCAAACUACCAACUCGAACCAAGAAUCCACAGACAGUGGCAAAACUGGUGGAAGCAAAGUCAUUUUCCCAAGUCGCCCGGGUAUCAAGAAACCUGGAGUCGGUCGCCCAACAACUCCGAAACCAGUACACGCAGCCGGACCCGACGCCCCGGAAGUCCUGAUUCGCAAAGGCGUUCCAACCCGUGCCACAACCGAAUUCACCGGAUGGCCAACACCUUCGACAACCCCGCUUUCGAUCGAGAAACUUCUGGAACAACAAAAGCAGCAGGAACUGCUUGAAAAGUUGUUAGCUUCCUCGUCAACUUCGACAACGACUACAACUACAACCACAACGACCACAACUACUCCGAGACCAACGGAACCGGGACUAUGCCAUUCGGAGUGUGACCUUGCCGGAACAAUACGAAUCGUCGACGGUGUCAAGUGGGUCCCGGAACUGCUAGACCACAACACCGACGAAUGGAAGCAACUAGCUAAAGACGUCGAAGCUCAACUGAACGAAGUCUACAGCAAGGCUCAGAACCUUAGCAAGUGGUACAAAAAAGUACGGAUUGAUAGCUUCAGCAAGGGUAGCGUGCUAGUCGACUACUUCGUGGAGCUGAAAGAUCUAACGCGGGAUGUUAGUACCCUGGAGAUUAAGAAGCUGUUCCAUGAGGCGUUGACGCCAGCUCCGUUGCCGACGACGACACCGGAGCCACUGGGUACAGAUGCGGAGGACGAAGGAGAGGACUUGGAUAGCGUGCCGAGGGAACCGAUUGUGCAGGCGGCAGUGCCACGAGUGAAGGAGGUGUUCCUGUUGGGCAAGUUUAAGGUGGAUCCCGUGUCAACGGAUUUUAGUGUCAUCCCGAAACAGAUCAUCGCCACGCCGGCGCCGGAAGAGGAAAACCUGCUGCUGCCACAGUGGGCCAUCGCCGUUAUCGUCAUCGGGGUCGGUUCACUUCUCUUUGUCAUCCUUUUCGGUGUCACUGUGCUAAUCAAUCGCCAAAAGGCAGCCAAGAAGAAGGCUCCCACCCCGCUGACGGCCGACAUGCUGAAUGAGCUAAACAAGAACCACAUGGGCGGCAUCGACAACUUCGGGUCCGAGGAUCUGUACAAUCUGGAUGACGCCUGGGACGACCAUGGACAUGAUGUGAAACCGAAGCGUUUCUCCAACUCCAUGCACGGUAGCAGUGCGUCCAACAUCUACGACAGCUGGCGCUCGACGCAUCAGCGCCAUCCCGGGAAUGCGGCUGGUGCCGGCGGAAACGCCUCAAACGCUGACUACUUCUACGAUGAUUACGGAAGUCCGCUGAAGGGAUCCCACUAUCCUCCCUCGGGGCACAGCCACGGACAUAGUCAUAGCCAUCAUCAUCAGCGAUUGCACGACGCGGCCGCAGCCUUCAUGAUGCACGAACCUCCGCCACCGGUGAUGGCCAUGUACCCGCCCUACCAUCAUGCACCCCUCCCUCCCACAGGCCAUUACGCCACCAACUCACGACGAUACUAUCGAGAUUAUGAUCCCAAUUUCUAAUGUGAGUUUGAGAGAGUGUUAAUGGUACGUGUGCGUGAGAGAAAAUGGCGGGAAAAACUCGUCGCCAUUUAGGUUCAAUUUCAUCCGUUUAGUUUUUCGAAUCAUCCUCAAUCCUUUUUAUUUGUUUAAUUUUGUUUUCAUAACUCGCCGGCCAUCAUUCGAAUCAUACGCGUGUGCGAUAUAGGAUAUAAUCUUAUUAAAAUCGUAGAAAAAUAGUGAAAAAACCAACAAACAAACAGGGAGUCUAUAUACAGUUUUGUGCAUGGAUAUCUUUGACAAAACUGUUCCAAUUCAAAGUUUAGGAAGUCUCUAAAUUUCAGAACUUGGAAGAUAAAACGUAUAGUCGAAGACACUUGUUUAACAUUUUCGAAAUGUCCGAACGACGGGCAUUUAAACCCACACAAACAAGCAAACAAACAAACUCGAACUCGA